UGUUACGUGUCUGUUGAAAAGACUGUUACAAAUUUCUUGUAUUCUUUUCUUACGUUUGCACUUUUAUACUCGUACAUCACGAUUUUUCUCGAUUCGACCCGUAUUUCACGAUUGCCGUCCGUAAAUCGUUAUAGGGCUACACUGGGCCCGAGCCCGAGAAUCAAACUAUGGCAGAAAAUAUGGCAUCACAGAGGGGUCAUGGUGUUCAGAAAGUAAUAACUAAAAUAGACAACCUGGUCAAAAAUGGCAAUUACUACGAGGCGCAUCAGAUGUACAAAUCGUUGUAUUUUAGAUUAUUAGGGCAGAAAAAGUAUGAUGGAUUGUUGAAUCUUCUCUAUGAAGGUGCAACUACGCUCCUUAGUCAUGACCAGCAAAUAAGCGGUAUAGAUUUAGCCAAUUUGUACAUUGAUGUUCUAGUCAAGUCAAACAUGAAACCUCUUGAUGAUAACAUUAGAAAUCUAGCAAGAAUAUUUAGCCUCAUAAGUUGUACACUUCCAGACAGAGAAACAUUUUUAGCAUCAGCAGUGAAAUGGUCAAUGACUGGAGGAAACCGAGGAGGUAGUCCUUUCUUACAUCAACUAAUUGCAGAAGUCUACUGGAAAGAAAAAAACUACACGAUGGCAAGAAGACACUAUUUGAGAUCCUAUGAUGGUCUGGGCUUUGGAACCAUGUUGGUUGAAGUUCACAAGACAAGUGGAUAUCUCUCAGAAGUAGAUCUUUUUAUUGCCCAAGUUGUCCUUCAGUGCCUUUGUUUGAAGAACAAGAAAACCGCUGUGAUUACAUUUGAAUGCUAUACGACUCAACAUCCUCAGAUUAGCAAGGGUCCUCCUUAUCUUUUACCUCUUCUCAAUUUCAUAUGGUUCCUCCUACAAGCUGUUGAAGGAGGUCGGCUAGCAGCCUUCACUGUACUUUGUGAGCAGUACCAGCUAAGUAUAGAAAGAGAUCCUUCUUAUAGUCAUUACCUUGAAAAAAUUGGCCAGCUGUUCUUUGGAGUGACCCCUCCAACUUACAGGCGUCCUCCUCCUACUGGUAUUUUAGGUGACCUUUUCCAAUCUUUGGUACAGUCAAUUGAUGAUUAUACAACGUCAGACGAUGAGGAUGUGGCGUUUACUGGUGGGCAGAGAGCAAGGCCAGGACAAAGGCAACAACAGGGAGAGUCGAGCCGAGGGAGGUCGAGCAGGCCAGGAGCAUCUGGGAGUAACCCAGCCUCUCCGAUUGUAAUGGACACCGAACUGGAUUAGCGCCUGAGACUAGGAACUAGUCCAUUUUCGUCCGUCCCUUACUGUUACUUCCCUUAUGUUUUUGUAUUAUAAAAUUGUACAGCGAUAAAGAGAGCAAUAAUUAAAAAAAAGAGAAAAAAGAGAAAGAUAAUAAAAGUAUUUAACUGGCCUUUGUUAAAGGAAAACUAUAAAGAGGCUGAAGAAAGAUCGACAGUGAAGACUUUUGCCUUUAACCGCACAGGGGGUUAGUUUAGGCAAUAAAACAGGAUAGUUUGUUAUUAAAACUUUUAGACAUUUUUUAAGUGGAUUUCAAAGAAAAAAAUAACAAUCCAAGCGUGGGUAAUUAUUUUUUCAGUGCUAUACAUUUUUUUCCUGAGCAAUAUCUGUGACAGAAAUAAUAUAUUCUGAAAAAUCAUGAAUGUUGAAAAAUCUUGAGUUUAGAUUUCAUUAUUUGUAUUCUGUGGCAUGAUAGAAGGGAAAAUGUACUGAGACUUUUGUGUGCUUUUAUGUUUAUUAGCCAUACUGAUUUAGUUAAAUAGUUACCAUUUUUUUUCUUCAAAAUUUUAAGCAAACACCAUUUUUUAAGUUGCUACUUAAGUUGGGCUUUAAAACAAAUUAUUGACAAUUCUUAACACUUAACGCGGUAAUUUAUAUGAAAAAUAAAUAAAUUAAUAUUCA